ACAUCUUUUUUUAUUUUCUUUAUGUAGACUGAUGACCUACCUUCGAUUUCUCUGUUGAGAAGGUAUGUGUUCAAUGUUAUGGGUCAAUGUUACAGGCUCCAAUGUUUAGUAAUAGGUGAAUGAGACUUGUCCGGUAAUUCUCCAAAUAAAACACCCGUGUAGUAUUAGCUGUGGAGUGGGUAAUUGGUGCCUUUUACAUAAGAACUAUACAUGAAAUAGAAAUCUCAACUAUCAAUCCUUCCAAAUUGAAGUUUGUGAAAGUUUUUUAAGGUCUAUAAUCGUGUCCUGAGUAAUGUUUCGAAUUCUUAACGUAGCGGCUUUCAAAUAAUUUUUAAAUUGUUUAUUUUUGCGACUAAUAUUAAUAUUUAUUUUUUGAUUAUUAUUUUCAUUAUUAUCAAAAAUGUCUUUAAAUGAGUUUUUAUCAAUACUUAUUAUUAGUUAAAGUAAUUAAAAUAUCCAAGUUGUAUAAUUAAUAGUUUAUAUUUUGCAUUUGUAAUGGCUUUAACUACUGAAAACAAAGAAGUGAUCAUUAUUAAAACGCAAAAAAAAGAUGUGUCUUAUGUUAUCAAAUCCUUAUUAGCUGGAGGUGUUGCUGGUAUGUGUUCAAAAACUACAGUAGCCCCCUUAGAUCGUAUAAAAAUCUUACUACAAGCACAUAACAAGCAUUAUGCUAGAUUCGGAGUGUUCAGUGGUCUAGCAGAAAUUGUUAAACGUGAAAGUUUUGUAGCUUUGUAUAAGGGAAACGGAGCUCAAAUGGUUAGAGUAUUUCCUUAUGCUGCUAUUCAAUUUACAUCUUUUGAAUUCUACAAAACAUUAUCAAGUUCAUUACUUGGCAAUGGAUCACAUUUUGGGAAGUUUAUAGCUGGUUCAUCAGCUGGUGUUACAGCAGUUACCUUAACUUAUCCCCUCGAUACAAUAAGAGCUCGACUAGCAUUUCAAGUAACUGGGGAACAUGUAUAUAAUGGAAUUAUACAUACAGCAAAAUCAAUUGUUCAAAAUGAAGGUGGAAUUUUGGCUCUGUAUCGAGGAUUUGUUCCUACAUUGUGUGGUAUGGUGCCAUAUGCAGGAAUUACAUUCUUUUGCUUUGAAACUAUCAAAAAGUUUUUCUUAAAAACUUUUCCAGUAUUAUUUAGCAAACAAUCUAGUAAAGAUUCUGGUGGUGUUGUUCUUACUGUACCAGCAAAAUUGGUUUGUGGUGGAUUAUCUGGGGCUUUUGCUCAAUGUGUUUCCUAUCCAUUGGAUGUUACUAGACGAAGAAUGCAGCUAGCUAAAAUGGAUCCUAGUAAUGGAAAAUAUGGGUAUGGCAUGAUUAAAACAUUAGUUACUGUGUACCAAAAUGAUGGAAUAGUUAAUGGAUUAUAUAGAGGAAUGAGUAUAAAUUUUCUAAGAGCUGUUCCUAUGGUAGCUGUAUCAUUUUCAACUUAUGAAUUAAUGAAACAAUAUCUCGAGUUGGAUACUGGAAUUGAUUCAUGAUUAUUCAUUAUUUUCAAUUUCAGUUAAGAUAUUUAUAUACUUUCAUUGUUUAUUCAAUUGUUAUUUAUUUAUUAAGAGACAUCUAUUAUAGACAAUUAUUCUUGCUCUAUAAAAUGACACUGAUUAGUCAUUCGUUCAAUGAUAUUGAGAUCAAGAAUACCUUCCCUUGACUUAUUCUUAAUAUUAAUUAGUGAAUUUAAAUAUUAUUUUUUAUUUCUUUUAUUAGUGGGUACCAAAUAUUUAAUGGAGAUCAUGACUUCUGAUUAUGUAUCUAUUCUGAAGUAUAAUAAUUUCAUUUAAAUUUACAAAAAAAUUUUAGGUACGCUAGAUAUGACAAAUAUGCUCUACUUAAUUAAAUUAUUUUACGUUUGUUAAUAGUUUAAUUUUGAUAAUUUUUUACUCUAAACAUUUUUGAUGUAUUUUAUGUAAGUCAAAUUUAAUAUUUGUUGAUUAAAAUAAAUAGUGUUUAUAAAUAGUAAA